UGUGUAUGAAAACAAAAAAGGCAAUGCGAAUAUGUGUUUCUCUGUUUUUAUUUUAUCUCGCACGCAUGUAGCGACCUCACGAGAACUCACAGAACAAAAUCGAUAAGUUAGAAACUCACCACGAGCGCGCUCUUUCCUAUGAUGAGCUGGGCGCAGCAACUUUGCUACAUUUCAGUCUGUAGUGGCAUUUUCCAAAGUGAAAACGUGUACAAUUUGUGUCCGUCAGAUAAUUGUUAUAGAAUUGUUGGUAAUUUAAUAAUUAAAUUCUACUGCAAUUUGCACAAGCAGGCAGCGGUGCUCAAGCUUAAUUUUUAAUGACGCCCUUAGAGGUAUGCAAUACUUUUUUUAAAGUAAAUGCCACCCUAAGUGGUUCGUUUUUAUCUGAGUGAAACGGAUUAACCUAAAUGGGUCGUUGCGAUUAUGAAAUAAGUAGACAAUUUCUAGUGCUUCCGUUUUUGUUGUCGCUUUUUCUUUGAAAUACUUUUAAAAAAACUAGUUAAGUGACUCCCACGCACAUUGAACCCUUGACUAUCGUUGAACAGUAACUGGACUCAAUAUUUCUGAGCAAAAUUCACAAAAAGCCACCCUUUUUCUAGCCGGUAGAAGGAAUACAAACCUAAUAAACUCUCUUAAUAAAAUUUUCUGUUGCGUGUUUUUAGCUUUUUUCUUAUUACACCAUUUCUUUACAUAUAGUAUUUUAUGAUUGCGUUCUCUUCCUAUAAAUUGUAAUCGACAUUUUAUAUUUGUACUACUGAAAAAAAUAAUAAAUAAUGAACAAUAUUCCGCAGGAUUUAAUAUUUUUGUUGGUAAUCACGUGAUAUCGUCCAAUAUAAAAAUUAUAACAUUUUAAGCAAUGAAACUAAAAUUAUAAGAAAAAAUCACAGAUACGGAAAUCAAAGAAAAAUUAAAUAACAAAAGAAAGAUUUGUUAUUUUUAUUUGGCCCAAAAUGAGCCAACAUUUUGAGAGUACGAUGCGUGGCGGUGGUGGAGGCAAAGGUAAUGUCUUUCAUAGCUAUGCAGUCCGUCAGUUCUCAGAGGAAGUGUCGGAGUCAACAACAACAGCUGGUGAGGAUGGCACCUCUGGAGCUAGUGAGGUUAUAACGCGAGAUGAUGAUUUUACCGAAGACAACAAUUUUGAAUCGAAUUUGAGACGUCGCAAAGGCAAAUUAAUAUCCUGUGCCAAAGAGACAAUUGAAAACGCUUCCCGCCAAUUACGCCGCAAAGUACCUUAUGCAGGACACCUUAUGACGCCACGUCGGCUUUGGCUUAACAAAAUACCCACCCAGUGCGAUGUUGUCAUUGAAUUUCCCGAGGAUGCCCCAGACGAGGCCUUGCGUUGGUUACUCGCCCGCAUACGUUCUCAGCCGCCUGCUGGAUUAGGUCUUUUAGUCCAGGUUAAGGCCCACGAGAGCUCCAGCCGCAAUGCCUUUUACGUGAGCGCUCCAGUUAAUAUACUUUUCAGAGCAGCGGAGGAAGCUCGCCUGCCAAAGCGGUUGCGUCCAGAUCUAGGAGGGGCAUUGCGUGAAUUUACAACCCGCGAAAGUCACUGCUUCCAACAAUUGCGGGGCGAUGUGGGCAGCACAGCUUUGUUUACAUCUCAAGAGCGCCAGUGGUUAGUGUUACAGGUUCUACAAGGACUGCGCGCUGGAUGCAGUGACAUUGACGCUCUACAGGGUCGCGCUGCUGUUGCUGAAGGUCAAAGUAUUGUUGCCGCUUGGCAGGAGUCUGGACUGAUAACACAGGUCUUUCCCUUGCACGAGAGCGGUUCUCUGGCGCAGUUACAAACACAUUGGGUCAAGCAGAUCUGUGCCCCCCAACCAUUAGACGAUAUUGCAGCAUAUUUUGGUGUAAAGGUUGCACUCUACUUUGCAUGGUUGGGCCACUACACAUGCGCAUUGGGUGUGCCGGCCGUAUUUGGCACUAUACUCUACGGCAUAUUGUGGGGCAAGGGCCAAAUAGCUCAGGAUAUGGGUCAUGUGCUAUUCUCGCUCUUCAAUGUAGCCUGGGCAUCACUCUAUCUAGAGGCUUGGAAACGCUACUCCGUGGAAUUGGCCUUUCGCUGGGGAACUUUAUCAACUCCACCCGAACUUCUUGAACCGCCCAGGCCUCUCUACAAGGGUCCUUUGGAAGAAAACAAUGUGACAGGAAGAUUGGAACCUAAAGAAGCUCCUGCAUGGCAGCGGCGAGCCUUUCGCUAUUUGGUCAGCUUUCCUGUAAUUGGUCUGUGCCUCUGCUUAGUGUUUGUUGUGAUGUUUUUAAUGUUGAGAUUUCAGGAUUGGCUGGAUCACCAUAAUAUACCCGAUAAAGGAAUUCCGCAAUGCAUGUAUAAUUUGCACAAGGAUUGGUGGGACUCCAAACUUCCGGAGGAGAGCGUUCUAUGCUGUUUAAGUGUGAUUCCGAAAGUUUUACUGGCCGGUGCUAUUACUUUGAUGGAUGAGGCCUAUUUCAAGUUGGCCGUUUGGCUUAAUGAUCGAGAAAAUUAUCGACUGCAGUCCAAAUACGAGAAUCAUUUAAUAGCCAAGGUGGCUCUCUUUCAAUUCGUCAACUCCUUCCUCUCACUCUUUUACAUCGCUUUCUACCUACGCGAUGAAGACAAGCUGAAGGAGCAAUUGGCUGGUUUGCUUAUCUCUCGACAAAUUAUUGGCAAUUUACGAGAGUCGGCCAUUCCCUAUUUUUUGGAGCAAUGGAGGCUGGCUAAGCUGAGCUUUAACAUGUGGGGGGCUUUAAGUCCCACUCAACAUUUGAAUCGAAGUCUUGCUGAAGAGUUAGCAACCGCCGAAGAGAAACUUAAAGCUGAGUCUGAUGCCAGGCCGGUAGAGCAGCAGCAACCACAACAAAAGCACCAGCAGCCAGUUGCAAGUAAACGUAAUAUUGGACAGGCUGAGAUUGAGAGUUCACUGUACAAGUAUGAUGGGACUUUCUCAGAUCAUUUGGAGAUGCUUGUCCAAAUGGGCUAUGUGGUGCUCUUCUCAGCUGCCUUUCCACUGGCUGGCUUAUGUGCGCUUAUCAACAACCUGAUGGAGAUUCGUUCUGAUGCCUUUAAGCUCGCACACGUACAUCAACGGCCAUUUGGUCAACGGGUAGCGAACAUUGGCACCUGGCAAAAUGCACUUAGCAUAUUGUCGCUGGCUGCGGUGAUUGUCAACUGUGCACUGAUUGGUCUCUCUGGUCAGGUCUCGCGACUAUGGCCAGGACUUUCUACCGCACAAACUAUAAUACUGAUUGUUACUCUGGAGCAUAUCAUGCUGGGUCUGCGCCAGGCUUUGACAUGGCUAUUGCCAGAAUUGCCAUCUUGGUUGGCAGCGGAGAUUGCACGUGCCGAGCAUUGCCGACGUGAGAUGCAGUGCAAGGGCACUUCACCUCGCCCGACACCACCCACUCCACACUCUAGCACAUCAACACAGCCAGAACAAGAAUAUAAUGAAGGCAAUACAACGCACGAGCAAGUCAUGGAAAGUCAGGUGGCAGAUGAUUUGCUGCUUUACGAUCACGAACUCACAGAUCCGGGCUUCGGCCGUAGCAUUGAGGCGGAUGUGAAUAUAUACGAGAAUCGCGAUUCCUCACCUGAUUCACCGCCAUCCCAAACUAGCACAAUACUAAUUCGGCCGCUGCACGAAUCGACACCGCCACACGGAUGUUCAUCACUCAGCAGUUUGCAUCAGGAUGGCAAUGGCGGCGUUUCAACGAGCACAGUUGUUGACAACCCAGGUUCCCGCAUGCAAUCGAUGCAUAUCCAGGAAAUUCCACCAUUCCGCAAGAAAUCCAGCGAUUCGGCAGGCAGCAGCACCAGCAGCAGUCCACAGCGUUGCUCAAAGCGGCAGCUGCAAUUACAACAACUCCAGCAACAGCAUCCGACGAAGAUAGCGGAGAUUCCGCCGUACAGCAAGACGCGCAAAAUUUCCGCUGAAAGCGCAACUCAUUUGCAGAUGAGCGAAAAACUGCACAUAAAACUUCAUGUACCCGAAUGGAUGUCCCGUUUAAAAGUGAACGACAAUGCAAACCUGCAUAGAAGCAUAGAUUGUAUUUCUAAGGAACUAAUAAACAAUACUGACAACACCGAUAUCCUGAAGCCUGCACCAUCUUGGAGCAAUGUGGCUCUGAAGUCCGGCGCAUCUGGUAACAAGCUGGCCACGUCUCCAGCUACGCAACAACAACAUAAAAUUGUUGCUUCAUCUUCUUCCUCAUCGGGCGGUGGAAGCGUGUUUAGUCCGAAUAGCGUUGGUCCUAUUGCCUCUAGCGGUGUUAUCAAUUCUCAGUCGCGUCCAAGCGUAGGUGCUUUGUCAAAUUCUUCAUCAAGUUCUUCGCAAAAACUUCAACAGAAGCAUGCUAAGGAAGAUCGUGAGAAGGAAAAGGAAAGCGAUAGAGAAAAGGAAAGAGAAGAGGAAGCUGCACCUACAGCAUCCACAUCUUCGGUCAAUACAGAUGACGAGAUUAAGGCUGCUGAACUGGCGGCAAAAAAAUCGCGCCUCAAACAGAAAUUGGUGAAGAGUGCUCGCUCUGUUGCGAUAUUUUCGCUUAAGUUAAAGGAACGUCGACAGCGUGAGGCUGAAAAAGCAGCCACAAUUGCGGUGGAGCAUGCCAAGGCUCUAGCCAAGCUUCCUAUGCCACAACCUGUUGGCGGCGAGUUGUCCUUAAUACCCAUCGAACAAUUAAUACAAAUUGAGGAUAUCAAACCUGUGAUCAAACCUACAACCACAAUAUCGACAUCUUCCUCCACACAAGCGAGUUCUUCUAUCCAUUACCAUAAUCAUCCCCAGCAACAACAGUAAAAUUAUCAGCCCCAUUCGAAUAACUAAAAAAAAACUUAAACCCGUAGAAAAGUAAAAACUAUUUAUUAUUUAUUAAUGUGUAAAUAAUUUUCUAAGCACAAAUCAUCCAUAUUUUUUAAGUCUUAAACUAUAUUAGCAAUUUGCUGAAUGUGUGUCUUGUCCAGAACUAAGAGGAUCUAAAUAACUUAUACAUUCUAGAAUAUAUGAAAUCAAAAACUAUUCACUUGAUUGAUUUUGCAUCGACAUUUCUAUGAAUCGUCUCAACUAAUGAAUCAAACUUUCAAAAAAAAGCAACCCUAUUAAAAGUCUAACGGUAUUUUUGGGUUGAGAAACACGAUUAUUUUUUGUUUUAACCCUCUAGUACAAACGGUCCCCUUAGUCAUCACUCUGUUAUACUUUCUGAAUCAUAAUAGCUACAAUUAAAAUUGGACGUAAUGUAAAGAUAUAAUUUUAUUUAUGUAUUUAUUUACUCCAGUAUACUCUUAGCUUGACAAAAACCGUAUUAUUAGUACUGUACAUAAGGGAAUUUAAAGGCAGUGUUGGACAUUAGAAAGCUUAGAACAGUUUUCGAGAUAUUUUCAAAAAAAUUAUUUUUGUAGACAUUUUUAAUUUUUAAAAUUUAAUUAUUUAAAAUUUUUAAUGAUGAACAUUUCUUAUAGGCAUAGUACUAAUAUAUAGGAAUAUAUUGCAAUAGAAUCUGCAAGCGAAAUUAAGUAAAAAUUUCAUUUUAAAUUAGUAAAUGGUCGAUUGUCACUUCCAUAAUUUGUAUUUCAUCUACAUAUAUUUUUUUAUUUUAUCAUAAUCUAUAAAAUAUUCUAGAAUUUUACAAAUAUCUCGAGAAUGGAUUUAGAGAAACAAAUACAGAUGCCACUUUCGUGUUUCUCGAUCCAAUAUUGCCACAAAGUCAUGAAUAAGAUCACUCGGUGAUCCCAAAAUUUUUAAACUAGGGUUGAUGAUGAAUUCGGUCUAUUGAAACUUAUUCCACGCUCAUAAACUGUAUAAAUAAGUCAAAUAAUACGAAUUUUAAGUAGUGUCCAUAGCGUAAUUGGUUAUAUCUAGUAUUAAAUAAACAAUUUUGUUGAAAGUUGAUGUUAUGUUUUGCAUUUAUAUUUUCAAUAUGCGAUAUUAAUAAUACAACGAUGGAAAAGUAACAUGUUCCUUCCAUGUACAUACAUACAUCUGUAGAAUACAUUAUGUAUGUUAUUUAAUAUAUGUACAUACACACAUAGAGGAAAAGACAACGAUACAAAAAGAAAAGAAUUGGAACAGUUAUAUACAAGGCCAUUGAGCCGCACUUGCUUAAAAUUUAAUGAAACAAGCUACAUAUUUUAUUUUUGUUAUUGCUAAGGUACAUACAGAAUACAGCACACAUACUUGCUAUAGAUAUAUAUAUGUAAAUAUAUAUGAAUACUUAUGUAUUUGAUUUCACAAUCUACACACUAACACUAAACAAGUUUUAAAUUGCGGAUAUUUGUACAUAAUGUUUAGAAAUUUAAGUGUCAAUCACAAGAUUUACACAAAAACACAAUUAUGUAUGUAUGUAUCAUCAUGGACUUUAAUUAAAACAAAUCCUAAAAAUUCAA